GUUUGGAGCAAUGUGUGUUUCUGACAGCACAAUUGAAUGCAGUUGAAUGACAAGCAUAAGGAUAUGUGAAAUAUUUAUGUUUAUUUUGCUGAUCUUACCGAAGUCUUCAUGUGUUCAAUAUCAAAAGCAAACGGUCUAAAUUUGUUUCCACGAUGUCCUGGCCUAUAUUGUGGAAGAGAGUUAUUAGCCGAUGGAAAUUGGACCGAUUGUGGUGCUUGUCCUAGAGGGUUCAGGGCAAAUGCAUCUUCAAUGUGUGUCCCUUGCGAAGAUGAGCCCAUGUUUUAUGAUUGGUUGUAUCUUGGAUUUAUGGCAUUAUUAGCCUUAGUGUUACAUUGGUUUUGCAUUGACAUGGUAUCAAUGCGUCGAAAUAUACCUAAAGAAGUGAUCGCAUUACAUUUAUCUGCUUUAUUUGAAGUAGUUGCUGCAUCUCUAAUUACUUUGCAAUUGACCGAACCUAUAGGCAGCUUCAGAAUUACAUCUUGUAGGGCCACAAAACUUUCAGACUGGUACACAUUAUUGCACAAUCCUAGUCCAAAUUAUGAGGAGUCACUGCAUUGUACGCAAGAAGCUGUUUAUCCCUUGUACACUAUGGUCUUCAUUUUUUAUGCUUUGGGAACAGCUAUUAUGUUGUUGAUAAGGCCAUUAAUAGCAAAGAAAUUUUUACCAAAGCCAGGAAAAUUUUCGAUUUAUGCUGCUCUUUACUUCUAUCCAAUUUUGGCAUUGCUACACGCAGUUGGGGGAGGCUUAAUAUACUAUUCAUUUCCAUACAUAACAAUAACAUUAUCAGUUUUGUCCAAUGCAGCACAUUUUGCGUUUAAAAUAAAUCAGACAACGAAAUCGUUAUUAUUGAGUUCUGUAUCAGAUUUGAAAAAUAUAAUAGUUAUUCUGGGUCAUUGGCUCUUACAUGGAUAUGGAGUAGUAGCUGUGGCAACUCUAUGUGGUCUCAGCAUUCGUCCAGCAAUGCUUGCCCUGGUUCCUGUACCUGCGUUAUUUUAUAUUCUUACAGCUAGGUUUACGGAUCCACUGGUGUGCAAAGUUGGCUACCGGGAGCUGAAACUUGUUCCCACUACCGGCCGCCGUUACUGUGGAGUAGCAGAGACAAGAGACUGACCUUCUUUAUCUCUAUGAAGGCAUAUUGCGCGAAAGAACGAUUGAAUGGGGAACCAGGCGCGUGAG